UCAGACUGGGCUUCGGUGGAUGUCAUAGCACUAGAGUCUGGCGGCAAGGGAAUCAGUGAAACACAUGGGCUCCUGUAUAUUUAUGUAAACCCGCAGAAAAUUCCCCGCACUGUGUAUCAUGAUUGUGGUGCGGUAGACAAAUCUGGUCUCGGAUUGUGGGGGAGAGAAAUGCCGGCUCGGCCGACUUCGAUGAUACAAUCAGAACUCCAUAAACACCCAACUCCUUCCUUCGAUGGAAUGGUUCAUGGCACAGCCGAAGACCAAGAAGUCAUGGCAAAUCCUCCUCCUAAGAUACUAGUAAUUGGAUGUGGCCCCGUCGGCCUCUUCGCUGCCCACCUCCUUGGCCGGCAAGGCAUCCCAACACUGAUUAUCGACAAACACGCCGAUCGACGCGGCCAGCCAAAAGCCCACGCGCUGAACCCCCGUUCUCUUGAAAUAUUUCGACAGGCUGGUCUUGACGUGCCAUAUCUCCGCACCAUUAGCAAUGACCCUCGGCAUGUCGAUGUGGUUCUUUUCGUGGAUAAGUUUUACGGCUGGGAGUAUAGAAACCUGACCUACGAGAGGCAAUUUGACGACGUUAAGGACUUAACACCUGAGCCAUUGUUGAAUAUACCUCAGCCCGCAGUGGAGGAAUACCUGCUCUCCGAGGGUGUCGAGUGGUUAAGCGCCGAGCAGUCACCUAGGGACAAGGUUAUUUCUAAGCUACUGGACCGUGCUAUCCAGCAGGAAUUCUCCGUCGAAACGGCUUAUCUGCUCGCUUGCGAUGGUGGCCGGUCGACGUUGCGAAACAAGUUCAACAUCGGCUUCCACUCGAUCGACGGGGGACCAGGAUCCGAGAAGCAUCAUGCCACUGUGCAUUUCCGAGCCGAACUGCCGGGGGAAGCGAAGCGGCAUCCUGUUCUUCAAUAUGCAAGCUCGUGGGGUGCAUGCAUUUAUUCGCUACGGCGAGGAUGA